AUGGCUUCGGAGGAAACCCAGAACAAAGCGACCGCCGACCAGUCGAGCAGCGAGCUUCUGGCGAGCGCGAAGCUGGUGGCGGACGCGGCGCAGUCCACUUUCCGGAACGAAAGCGACAAGGUGGACAAGGCGAAGGUGGCCGACGCGGCGGGGGACCUUCUGGACGCGGCGGCGAAGUAUGGGAAACUGGACGAGCAGAAGGGCAUAGGGCAGUACUUGGACAAAGCUGCCGAUUAUCUGCACCAGUACCCGGACAAGGCUGCUGCACCUUCUCAACCUUCUCAACCUGCAGACUCCAAAGCUGAAGAAGGUUCUGGCUUGGGUGGUCUUGCAAACUUGGCUGGAGGCUUCUUCAAAUAG